CACACACACACACACUCUCUCUCUCUCUCUCUCUCUCUCUCUCUCUAGCAGUGUGUUUUUUCUCCCUCUGGAAUUCCAAAAUUUCUCGGCUUUUUCCCACUCCAACGCUCUGAAACUUUUCGGAUACGGGUUCAGCAAUGCGCGAUCUAGCUAUUCCGCCCAAUUUCGAGCGGUGAAGCCCGAGUUUGCCCCGAGUUCUCGACUCGCAAGACUGACUGAGUUGCCCACUGAAAUGCUGGAAGCCGUGGAGAGUUCGGUCAAUGGCGGAUUCUCGCACUUGCAGAGCUGCGGCGAUAGCAGCGAAGAAGAGCUCUCCGUUCUGCCCCGUCACACCAAGGUCGUUGUGACCGGCAACAACCGGACAAAAUCCGUUCUCGUUGGCCUCCAAGGAGUUGUCAAGAAGGCGGUUGGGCUCGGAGGCUGGCAUUGGCUGGUCCUUACAAAUGGCAUAGAGGUAAAAUUGCAAAGAAAUGCCCUUAGUGUGAUUGAAGCUCCUACUGGCAAUGAGGAAGAUGAUGAUCUAGAAUUCGAAAAUCUGCCAUGGAAUGGCUCAGAUAUGGGUGGGUUUGCAUCCGAUGAUACUCAAAAGUCCCAUAGAUCAAGGCAUAGAAAGCAUAUAUCAUCUGGAUCAUCCUACAAGACCAUGAGCAGGUCCCUCUCUUGCGACUCACAAUCAAAGGGAUCUGUUUCUACUCCUCGUGGGUCCAUGAAGGUUGACCUGAGUAAACUGGAGAUGACUGCAUUAAGGAGAUAUUGGCGACACUUUAAACUUGUUGAUGCCAGCCCCAAUCCAUCUAGAGAGCAACUAGUUGAAGUUGUCCAGAGGCAUUUCAUGUCACAGCAACUGGAUGAGUUGCAGGUCAUAACCGGGUUCGUGCAAGCUGCAAAGAGAUUGAAGAUGGUAUGCAAAUGACCUCGAGAGAGAGGGAGAGCAAGAACCAAACGAGACGCUAACGGAUAAAUUGGUCCCCUUUCCCUUCUGUAGUGAUUGUUGUAACAUAUAUGUAUCCCCCGGCUGGCUUGUUUCAUCUGUGGUGGGUAGUAGUUAUGCAGGCUGCUGCUGCUGCUGCUGCAUUUAAGUUGUAGAGGAUGGAUCUUUUUCUUGGUUGGUAGCUGUAGUUAGAGUUAUGUAGAUAUAUAUUAUGUAAACAAACUGGUGGAGAGACAGGGACCUCUCUAUGAGGACGGCAUGUGACUUUCUAAACUUAGUUUUAAUGUAUUGCUGCCUGGGGGAAGCGGGUUUUUUCAUAAA